UUGGUUGGUUGCUGUAGAAAAGAAAUAGCUUUUUCUGUUUACUUUUAUUAAAUUUUUUAUGGAUAUUUACGUGACACUAAAGAAUAAUGGAACCUAGAGAGUUGACAAUGGUGUCAGCAUUACAGGGUACAGAGAAUAUUCGCGUAAAGGCUGAGCCCUGUGAGGAAGUGUGUAUAACAGAUGAACCCACGUUCGAGGGAGUGUCUGUUAAUGUCGAGCCUUUACUGGAUGCUGUUAUAGUAAAAGACGAGCCUAGGUGCGAGAGUGUGCCAAUAAAAGAUGAGCCCAGGUGCGAUAGUGUGUCUAUAAAAGACGAGCCCAGGUGCGAUUGUGUGUCUAUAAAAACCGACCCUUUAGAGGAUGCUGUUUUUGUAAGAGACGAGCCCAGGUGCGAGAUUAUGUCUAUAAAAGACGAGCCCAGGUGCGAGUUAAUGUCUAUAAAAGACGAGCCCAGAUGCGAGAUUAUGUUUAUAAAAGGCGAGCCCAGGUGCAAGAGUAUGUCUAUAAAAGAAGAGCGAAGGUGCGAUAGUGUGUCUAUAAAAGCCGAUUCUUUAGUGGAUCCUGUAUUUAUAAAAGACGAGCCCUCGUGGUCAGAUGUUUGUGUAAAAGAGGAGUCGCUCGGCAUGAGCGCGGCGGCGGCGGCGGCGGCGGAGCUGUAUACCGAUCACGCCGUGAAAGAUGAGCUCGUGCUCGGCCCCGUGCUAGUGGAGCGGCGCGAGCGCCACGCACCAACAGGACAAAUUCGACAGAAGAGGCCGGGAAUAACCUCUUUUACACGUAGUGUAAGGACACAUUCUAAAAACAAACCUUACAAAUGUGGCGAGUGUAAUUAUGCUAGUGCAUUCAAAACCAAUUUGCAAAUUCAUAUGUUGAAUCACCCUGAAAAGCUAUACAAAUGUGAUAAAUGUAGUUAUGCUACUGAUUACAAAGGAAGGUUAUCAAUUCAUAUAAGAACUCACACUGGAGAAAAACCUUACAAAUGUGAGUACUGUAGUUUUGCUAGCAGCCGCAAAAGUUUUCUGCAACUACAUAUAAAGGCACAUGCUGAAAGUUACCAGUGUGAAAUGUAUAAUUAUGGUAGCGACCAUGAAACUAGUUUGGAACAUCAUGUAAAGAAACACGAGGUGAGGUGUUAUGUGAACAAAAAACGUGCGCUUAUGCAGACAGUCGACGAGUCGCACGAUGUAGCAUAGACACAGGGCUAUAGCCGCGAAAAUCGAAGUUCGCAAAUUGCGGGCAUUUUUCUCUGUCACUCUAAUUACUCCUUCAUUGGAGUAAAAGAGAAAGAUCCCCGCAAUUUGCGAAAAACGGUUUUCGCGGUAGCCCCUCAGAAUGAGUAGUACUCCCGUACAGAAAGGACACUUCCUACAAUACCGAAGUUUGACAGUGAUUCAGCGUUGAAUCAUUAAAUUUCUUUUAGCUUGCAUUAAAAAAAUAAAAGAUAAAAAUCCCUUUUUUAAAGUAUUAUUUAUUGACUUGAUCCAUAAUUCCUUUUUUUGCAUAUUAAAAUGUAUGCAUAUUAUUAUGUAUGUACUUACUUUUUAAAAUAUAUAAAUAAUUAAUCAAUGGUGUAUAAUUAUUACGGAGCUAUAGUUCGUUUUU